CUUAAGGAACGGGCUAAUCGUUGAGACUGAUCAUAGCUCAACAGAAGCCUGUCACACCCUAGUAUUUUCGAGAUGGACGUGGUAUCACAUUACCAGCCUACGACUUUACGGGGGUCAAACAAUGCUCGACUAAACAAAAGGGAAAGUCAGAGAAGAAAGUCUAUGCCCGACAUUGCUGCAAGUGUACCUGAACGCAACUCUAAACCUCUUGAAGACGCAAGAAAGGCGAAUGAAGAACAACAUGGCAAUUUUACUACCUUCAAUAGAUCUGUACAGAUCUCCUUGAUGGAGCCUGUCGGAAGUAUGAGCUUAUCGCCAGCAAAUAGAGAUGUCGUUUUAGCUUCACGUAAAGGUUUAUUCAUCAUCGAUUUAGAGAACCCAUACGAUCAGCCAAGAUUUUUACCGCAUCUUACAACAUGGGUGCCUGCAGAUGUUCAAUGGAAUCCUCAUCCGGCUCGUGCAAAUUGGGUUGCAAGUACGUCGAACAAUAAACUUCUCGUUUGGAAUCUGGAUCGGCCAGCAGCAAUGCGAAACGAUCCGGUAUUGUCAAUGGCAUCCGUUAUAUCCGUGGCAGGAUCAUCACCUUCAAUGCGAUCUGCAGGCUAUUCAGGCAAUCCUGCCUUAUCACCUUCCACCUUUAGCGCCACAGUGCCUUAUCCUCAUCACCACCAUCAUGCGGAUAUCUUGGGCUCCACGUCGCGGCUUUCAUCUAUCUCGCAUGUGCUACAUGCACAUACCCGUGCUAUCACUGAUAUCAAUUGGAGUCCCUUUCAUCCUGAUGUUCUGGCAAGUUGUGGUAUCGAUACUUGGACGUGGGCUUGGGAUCUGCGAGACCCGAGCAAGCCGAAACAAGGAUACAGCGCAUGGAACGCAGCAAUGACGCAGGUGAAAUGGAAUAGGGCCACUCAACAUAGAUUAGCAACUUCUUGCGAUAACAAGGUAUUGAUAUGGGAUGAUCGCAAGGGUACUUUACCAUUAGCAACAAUUGAAGCGCACGAGAACAAAAUCUAUGGAGUGGAUUGGAGCAGAGAUAAAUCGGUUGGUAUGUCAAAACUGGUGACCUGUAGUCUUGACGGUAGCGUGAAAUGGUGGGACCUGGAUAGUCCAGCAGCUCAACAUGCCAUUGCAAAUCGUCAAUUAGUGACAGAAGCCGAAACGACGAUCCUCACCGAUACACCCGUUUGGCGUGCUCGUCAUUUACCCUUUGGUCAAGGUGUAAUGACAUUACCGCAACGAGGAGAUACAUCAUUGAGCAUGUGGAGUAAAUCACAAGUUGACGAACCUGUGCACCGAUUUAAUGGACACAGAGAUCUUGUAAAGGAAUACUUGUUCCGUACAAGAGGUGGAGAAGAUCCUUCUAGCGAUCAAAGAAAGUUCCAAUUGAUCACCUGGAGCAAAGAUCAAACACUUCGACUAUGGCCUAUCACAGAAGACAUGUUAUCUUCUGUCGGUCAUAAGCGUGGUGCUCCGAUCAAUCUUCGUCAAACACGUUUGAAUGCUCCAAAUAUUUCAUAUCGUAAUCCCCCUGUCGCAGCAGAAGACGAUACGAUCGUGAAUCAUUUCCAUGCUAUGCAAAGUGCACCUACCAAAGAACAGAAUACUAUGCUGAGUGUUAGCCUUGGUAAUCCAUCCGGCGUAAUGCAAGCAUCGCCUCUGUCACAGGGAUCUGUAAGUCAUCUCUCGCAAGAUAGCGCUUCAACGAGUAUGGUUCCACCGUCAGGAGCAACGAGGUCAUUGUUGAGCGGCAGCGCCAAAGGAUCCACAAGUGUCCACUCAAACGGAAGCGGUAGUUUACGAGUUGCUUCACCUCAAAAUACCUUUGGUCUUUUGGACAAAAGCACUUUCCUUGGCAAUACGAAUAGCCAGAGCAAGACUGAAAUGCUCAAAAAUGAUCAUACUCCUAUUCGAAGAAAGAUGAGUAUGACUCAAAUGGCGGUGCGUGAUAGUCACAGGCGCAAAGUUGGCAGUACUAACGUUGAUGCAAGCAUGCAACCUCGCUUGCGCGAUGUAGACAUUAACCCUGCAAACAAGUUUGGCUCGGCAGGACGUCAAUCGAUCAAGACUAUAGACACAAAUACAAGUGCAGGUAAAGGUGUGCGUACAGUUAGUUGGACGGGCAGUAAUGAUACUCUGAACAGAAAGGGAAGAGGACAUAAUUCCUCUCUUGGCGGUCAUUCUCGCAAGAAAAGGGACAUAAAUUUGCCCAAAUCGUCUAAGGUGAAUCCCGCCAGGGUGAUGAGCAAACAAGCUGCUUCGCACAAUUUCAUGACAAGGGGUUCAACGGCUCGAUCCGGCCAGCUGAACAUGACCGGUGCUGCGCAAAAAGGAAACGCUUCUCAUGUCGACGCUGUGGGUUGGAUUGCGGGAGUUCGUAUGGGCAAAGAAGCACGAUCGCCUUCAGUGAAUGCAUUGGACCGAAAAGCUAAACGAUCCAUGCCUGAUUCAAAGCGUGGCAUGAUAGACAACGAGAACGAGAGGACUGAGAAAUCCUCUCUCACGACUGGUGAAGAGGAUAUAGUGCAACGCGACGAAGAGGACGAGGAAGAUACAAGAGACGCUGCUCAAGUCAUUAGUGAAGAAAUCAUGACAAUCAGCAAAUCGCUGAGCAAUGUCACUUUUGAAAAGAUUGACGUUAGCACAAGACAAUGUACGGCGAACUGCUAUGGACCGUGGAGUGCAAAUAAGAGUGUGCCUUGUUUCAUCAGGGUUUCUUUCUUCUUUCCAUCCCGUUAUCCAGAACAAUCUCCAAGAUUUGAGCUGGAACACAACGCAUCUGUCCCACUCAAAACUCGUGCUUUCUUGUUGAGGAACAUUACGAAUAUUCUCGAGAUGUGUGCUGAGCAACGUAAGGCCAGUAUGGAGCCAUGUUUGCUCUUUCUAUCAGGUGUCGACCAAGAGGAUCCAUCGCCAAAGGUAGCACCUAGUGCUUUAGGAGAAGGUCCAGAACCAUUUUGGUUACCAGGGGAAGAAGAACAAGAAUUGGAAGAAGAGGAGGAUGUCAUGUCAACACUCAAGAUGCCUCCUCGACUGUGCGGCGCAAGCUUUUCUGCCAAUGGAUUUUUGGUAACUUUCAGUCCUUGCUCGAGCCCGCAAGCUCGAAUCCCAGGAAGUGUGGAUAUGGCUGGCGGGCCGAUAAGCGAUUCGCAUCAUACAGGUGUAGCACCCAGCUCAGUCCGAGGCCGAUCUAGAUUCUUGCAAUCUUACAGUGCUUUGUCUGGCGCAAUGUCCAGUUUGGCCAGAUUGGCAAAAGAAGGAAUGUCUGUACAAGAUUUGGAUGUGGUACAGUUGAUGGGAGAUCAAGCGUUCUUCAACAAAAGAUUACAACAACCUUUGCGGAAAGAUAACAAUGCUCGGCAUAGGCGCACUUCUUCGUCAAAUAUGCAGCCAAUUGGCAUGUCAUUACGCAGCACAUCAAAAUCUGGUUUGACUCAGCAUGUCGGACCAGAAGCGGCAUCAAAUCACGAUGUCGAAUCUGCUCCUUCACAUACUCCAAUACCGAAUGAUAAUAGCGAUUCUGAUCUACGAAGAUCCCGUACACGCUCUAGACCUGGACGAGCACGUUCUGCUUCACCUGCUCCAACUCGUUCGAGAAAGCAUUUGCUUGCAGGUGCAGCUGUUACGGAAAGCGGAAGUGCAUCGCCACUUUUGCGUACGGCUAUCCUUUCAGGGGCAUCUGGAGCACCAUCGCCCAUUCCAAAUCACCCCACUUCUGUACACGUCGGUACAACCUCAAAGGUCAAGGUUUGGAAUUUGAAAGAACUGCUAGAGGAUUCAAGACCAGCGAGCAAGCCCAGUACACCAAGCAUGAAACCUUUACCACCGCCGUUGAUUCGGCGUAGAAGUGCAUCUACUCCUUCUUCCCCUUCGCCGAUGACACCGAGAUCAGAGGCUAACUUCUCACUACUACCACUUGCCGUUCCUUCUUCCCUCAAUGAUGGUGCAGAAGAGUUAUCCGAUCUACCACAGAGUAUCGCGGCCAGUCGAAAUGCAGCCGUGCAAGAUGACGAAGACGAUGAGGAUGGUGCGUACGAAGAGGAGUUUAUCAUAGAUGAAGAUGGAUCGGUACAUGCCUACCGUUUGCAAGAUAGUGAAAGUGAUGAAGACGAUAGCGAUGAAGAAGACGGAAAUGGUGAUGGAAAUGCCAUCCCACCUACGGGUAUGUCAACAACCGCUGAGCGAGUUCUGGAUACGCUCAUUUGGACAAUCCCAUUCGCUUUCCUUUAUUUGAUGUUGGACAUUCUCAUCCAACAGCAAUACGCAAUUCAGCCAAACUUGUGGGAACAAUUUUUACGAUUGAUCAACACUUUGCCAAUUUUGACAAUUUUCAUCUAUGCAACAGCUGUACGAGGAAAUUCAAUCAUGCCUCGUUUUGCUUUGCAGUUGCUGUUCUUGACACUUGGAACUGCAACUGGUUGUGGAUUCUUGUACAUUUACAUGAGAUCCGCACAAGGCGUUGUGGUACGCAGAACGGCUCCCUUGGGUACUCUUUGGAUUUAUUGUACUACCAAGAUGGAUCUCUCACUGACAGUUGUCAGUUUAGCAGUCAUUUAUGGAUUUGUCACCCAUCACAAUUUAGACUUAUUCAAUUAAGUUUGUUUUUUAUUUUCAAUCUGUAUUAUAGACAAUAUUUAAUUCAUUCAGCAUUUUAUG